GGAAAUAUAAUGCAUUUCGGAGAGGAGCGUGAUCCGAUCAACUUGCCCUUUCAAUUGCCUUUGAUCGCAUCGGGUGUAACUGAUGCUAAUGGUAACCAACCCUCUCGAUCUUUGCUCCCUUUUGCAGUCGUCCAUGCGACUAAGUGAUCUACAUAAAGACUUACUUGGUAUCCGGGAAACUCUUGGCUAGGAAUCGAUUUCAACACAAACAUCCACAACGUCGUUCUGCAUCCCCUUGAACAGUGUCUAAUUCUGAGGUAUCUGCGUUCCAAGUGCCAUUCAGAGAGCCGCCUUCGGAGAGAAGGAUACAUCCUAGGACCAGUCACAGUAAGGAAUAAAGACUUCCCACGGAAGGGGUCCAUUCCCACUUAUCAAUUUCGCGAAACGCUGUCUGCGGAACAGCAGGGACUCAAGAGACAUGCCAUCGCACUCGAUUGUGAGAUGAUCGGUGUCAAAGACAAUCGGCAAACUCUGGCGUUCAUAAGUGCCAUUGACUUUUUGACAGGCGAUGUUCUCAUUAGCCGCUACGUAGCACCAUCCGAGGAGGUCAUUGACUGGAGAUCAAAAAUUACCGGAAUAACCCAAGAUGUUAUGACAAGCGCCACGAUAUCUGGCGCUGCAUUCAGAAAUUGGCGAGAAGCGCGCGAGAAUUUAUGGCAAUUUGCCGAUACAUCCACUGUUUUCGUCGGCCAAUCCCUUAAUUAUGACCUUGAGGUUCUGGGAAUCUGUCACAACAGAAUUGUUGACUCCGCCAUUUUGACUGCGGAGGCUGUAUUCCCAGCCACUGGCCCCACGGAGAGUUUACCUCGCGUUUGGAGCUUGAAGGCCGUGGCCAAAACUCUUUUGGAUUUGGACAUUCAGAGCGGAGAUCGUGCGCACAGUGCUUUGAGAGACGCAUAUGCGGUACGCGACGUGAUCAUAUUCUGCAUCAGAAACCCGGAACAAUUAAAGUCAUGGGCAGAACUUCGAAAGAAAGAAGAGGGACAAAAGGGCAAAAAAAGCCGGUGCAAGAGCAAGGUCAAACGAAAUCCGACCACGUCGUCUACUCAAGAUAUCCAGCAUAAAACUCGGGUGUUAAAGGAUGAGUUUGAAUACGAUAUUGAUGACGAUGACGAAUUUUGCUUGUCUGAGUAUGCUAGGGAUGCUGGCUGGCCAGAUGGGUGGGAUCCUUGGUCUGAUUGAUUCAACCUCCUUUCAAAUGUCCAAACAGAACACGAAAAUUUGGUAUCCUAUCGGAGAAGGGAGGCAGCUUUCCAUACAUCCUACUAUUUGAAAUAGAAUGAAACGUGAUCUGAAAAUUGCGAACGCAGG